AUGGCCUUGUUCUCGCCAUAUAAUGGAGCAAAACUCCAUACUCUUCGCAGCUCGGACGACAGUGACACAAGCGACGUGGAGACGCUCAGCUCGACAGGUGCCCAGGCCGAAGGAACUCCAGUGACACCGGGGUUCCCUCGAUAUUCACCUCCUGGUGAAGGGCAGCAGUGCAACGUACGCUCCAGUGCAGUUGGCUUCGUGGACAUGAAGGCCCUUUGGCACGCUCUUAGCACUACCUUCUGUAUUACGUUUUGUUGCGUCUUUGUCGUCACAUUAUGCGAGAUGUGGGCAUUCCCAGCAACGGCUUCGCCAGCCACAGAGCUGGCGUCGUCGUGGCGCCCAUGGUACGAUCGACACGGUGACGUGUCCCCUCGCAUCCUGAUUUGGACCGGCCCGUCUUCUAAGAUUUCCGAGGCUCCCGGUGCCCACGCAACAGUAUCAUGCCUAGCGACAGCGAAUGCCUCCACGGCUCAACACGGGAACUGGACCGCGUGCAAUUUCACCGCCGAUGAGAACGUCGACAGCUACGACGUUCCGAAGCAGUGCGCAGUGACUUACGACCGGCGCCUUCUUAUGGAAAGUGACGCAAUCGUUUUCCACGCUGACCGCGUGAACGUCAGCGACCUUCCCAGAGAACGCGCUACCGACCAACUGUGGGUGUUUUGGGCGCGCACUCACCCUGUAAUGCCGACAUUCGUGCGGGACGUUGGUCUCCUUGGCGCUAUCUCCCGCUUCUUACGGGGUAAGCUUUCUCCGUCCGCACUGCCCAUCCAGUUGGCACGGGUCUUUAACUGGACCAUGUCCCAUCGAGAGGACUCCGUGGUUUACAUUCCCCACAGGACUUUUGGUCCUGGCGUCCUGUCCGCCGGUGAUUCCCCGACGUCAACCAUCAAUUCCGGCGAUCGGUCGGCCAUGGACACCAGGCAGGACGCUGCCUGGAUCGUCUCGGACUGCGAACUGGAAAGAUACAAGGAAGAACACGAUAAGAUGCGUUCUAGUCACAAUGGCCGGCACUACAGGGGCCCCCUAGCACGCCUCAUAGGCCUACACAUUCUACCCAACUGUGGUGCUGCCCUGUGCGAGUCGCCAGCCGACUGCGUGGCGCAGGUUGCCAAGAACUUCAAAUUUAUCGUGGUGACAGCGUCGCCGGCUUGCUUUCAGAGCAUGUACCACCUCGUCUACGAGGCGUUCAAGCACGACGUCAUCCCAAUCGUGCUUGCGGAGCGCCACACCGUGCUCAAUUUCCCACCCAAAUCUGUGGUCAACGCUGCGACCUUGGCGGCGCCCGGCAAGCUUCAGUCGCGCCUUAUACACCUGCUGGAAGAUCCCGCCGAGUACGAGAGCUACUUCACCUGGAAACGAAACUUCACGGUAUCCGCACUCGGGGACGAGCUGUGCCCGCUGUGCGCAGCUCUGCAAGGGAAGACCAGGCCAGUGGCUCCGACAGGGCUGGACAUCCGGGAGUGGUGGGAGCGUCGCGCCAGAUGCCAGGACGUGCACUCGGUUGGCAUGAGUUUUUUCAGGUCUACUAUAGCUGGCGGCGCACGUUCUCGUUCUCAUAACGCACGGCACUACAGAGCUCCGCAACUGCAACAGGACCUCUUCGAAUGCUCGCGUUAA